GCGCGUGUGCCUGUGUGUGUGUGUGUGUGUGUGUGUGUGUAGUAAAGCGCAGAGCGUUUUCGCGGAAGGGAAACCGGCAGAGCUACACGGUGACAAACCACCGAGGCGGACUGAGCGGCCAGAAUAAAUAAACAACAACAAUAAUUAAGAAUAAUCCCGGCUGUAAACAGGGGUAGGAAGAGGAAAUAAAACCCGGAAAAAAACUGAAAGAAGAGAAGAAGAGGAAAUAAGAGACAUUUACAGCUGCAAGAGAGAGAGAGAGAGAGAGACCUUGGCGUUCACCCGGCAGCGCAGGAUGGCUGUGUAAUGAGGAGAUUGAAGCAGAUAUGGGAUUAUUAAUCUCUACACUAACACCGCUAAUAAUCCUAUAGCGCUCAGAGUGUGACCGGCCGACCUGCGGACCUGCGGGAGGACACCAUGGCCCACGUCGGCAACGGAGCGGCCGCCGAGGAGGAGGACUGCUUUGAAGAUGCCUACGACCGGAUACCCGUGGCAUGUCAGAUGGACCUGCAGACGGCCAUCCAGGAGACUCAGUGUGCUCUCAAUCUGGUCCUCAACAACAAGUUCUCUGAAGCCCUGGACCUGCUGAAACCAUGGUGGAAGGACAGCAUGUAUCACGCGCUGGGAUACAGCAGCAUCCUGGUGAUGCAGGCGACCAUGACGUUCGAGCACAGAGACAUCCAGGCUGCCAUGGCAACCAUCAAGGACGCCUUGAACACCUGCCAGAGGUUCAGGAAGAGAAACUCGGUGGUCGGCUCUCUGUCCAGUCUGGUCAGCAAACAGGCCAAUCUGCAGGAGGAGGAGAUGCACGCAGAGAUCUGCUACGCCGAGUGUCUGCUGCAGAAAGCCACGCUCACUUUCGUUCAGGAUGAGAACAUGAUCAGUUUCAUCAAAGGAGGCAUCAAGAUUCGGACCAGCUACCAGAUCUACAAGGACUGCCAGAACGUGAUGAACGUCGCUCAGGAUCUGUCCGGCCACUCUGAUUCGUUCAGGCAGUUUGAGGGCGGAGUCAAGCUGGGCAUCGGAUCCUUCAACCUGAUGUUGUCUCUCCUCCCUCAGAGGAUUUUGAGGUUGUUGGAGUUCAUUGGAUUCUCAGGAAACAGGGACUUUGGUCUGUCCCAGCUGAGGGAGGGAGCAGCGAGUCAGAGUCUGAGGUCGAUCCUCAGCGCUCUGACGCUGCUCUUCUACCACACCUACGUGUCGCUCAUACUGGGAACCGGAGAGGGGAACCUGGUGGAGGCCGAGGCUCUGCUGGAGCCGUACCAGCUCAAAUACCCCAACGGCUCCAUCAUUCUCUUCUACUCUGCUCGCAUCGCCACGCUGCGAGGAAACUUCGAGAAGGCCCAGUCCAGGUAUGAGGAGUGCAUUGGCAGCCAGCAGCAGUGGAAGCAGAUCCACCACCUGUGUUACUGGGAGCUCAUGUGGAGCCACUCGUACCAGCAGGACUGGGCGCGGGCGUAUCGCUACGCCGACCUGCUGUGCAAGGAGAGCCGCUGGUCCAAGGCCAUCUAUGUGUACCAGAAGGCGGCCAUCCUCAGCAUGAUGUCAGAGGAGGAGGUGAAGAAGACAGGUGAGAGCAUCGUCGAGCUCUUCAGGCAGGUGGAGGGGCUGAAGCAGCGCCUGGCAGGGAAGUCGAUCCCAACGGAGAAAUUUGCAGUGAGGAAGUCCAGACGCUACAACGCCGCCAACCCCGUCCGCCUGGUCGUGCCUGCACUGGAAAUGAUGUACGUUUGGAACGGCUUCACCAUCGUGGGCAAGCGAGCCGACACUACCGAGGCUCUGCUGGUUACCAUAGAAACGGCCGAGGAGCAGCUACGCAACGACCCCAACCCGUCAGAGUUUCAUCCUGAUGACAGCUGUCUGGUUCAGAUGCUGAAGGGACUCUGUCUGAAACACCUGGGCAGGUUACUGCAGGCCGAGCUGUGCUUCACACAGGUCCUGUCCAGUGAACGGCGCAUCAAAUAUGACCACUACUUGAUUCCUUUCACCAUGUACGAACUGGGCCUGCUGUACAAACAACAAGGAGAUUUCACCAAGGCCACCACAUACAUCGAGAACGCCAAGACGAACUACAAGGAUUAUUCCAUGGAGUCCAGACUGCACUUCAGGAUCCACGCAGCGCUCAACAGCCUCAAAGGAUCACCAGUCGGCACCCCGUGAACUCUGGCAAACGUUUCAUACGUCAACGUCGGCGGCGUCUCGCGCUCCUCCGAGUUUCAGUUCUUACGGGCACAGUGGGAUCACGAUACAGAAUUUUCUAAACAGGUUCGAAAAAAUCAUGUCAGCCUUCCGCAGUGGAAAACGAAAGUCACCAUCUGAAAGGUGCUCAACUCGAUAUACCUUUACCUUGCCUGCGAUUACAUCUGCACUUCAAUCCGUGGUACAUUAAGACUGAGGAUUUGGGAGAAAUUUCAGCUUAGAGUCCGUGCAGCUAACAGCGUCCUUCAGCAAACUACUACACUUAUGUAUCCUCCGUAAGGUGGCUAAAAAUAUUACCCAAUCUAAGCAUUAAUAAGGCCCCUGUCUGGAUUAGUGAAUAACAAAUUUUCUUUGAAGCUACAUCUGUUUGUUCCCCAUUGAGCCCCAAUCAGCGACACUGGAUUGCAGCAGUGAUGCAUCAUUUCCCCGGGUUUUGAAAAGUAAAUCAGGCAUCUGAGAUUUUGUGUGUGAAAUACAGAGGAAAUUAUGAAGUACCCUGAAACCCACAUGCGUCAUCCCCCAAAACUUCAUCAGAACUGCAAGGAUUGUCCGAAUCGCUCGUCCAAGAUUACCGAGGGAUGGCUGCGGUUUGAGGUGGACUUAAGACCUUCCCGUUAAGGAGUUGAAUCCUGCUCGGAGUCCAUGCUUUCUUCAUCAGGCUUUAAGAAUCAUCCUCAGCACUGUGCCACAUAGCUUUACCUAAACCCCACUUUAAGACAGACAACACAAAGCGCCUCCAUGCCCUCAGUGGCCAACAGGACAGGAAGUCUCAUAUCCAGGUUAAAUAUGCAAUAAGAAUUCAUGAAGGUCUCACUCCACCGCUGAAUCCAAGAUGACGUGUCUGUCCUGAAAUUACAGGAAUUAACAGAAUAGUACCUCUUUUUGCCGUUUUUCCAUCGGUACUUUUGGCGCCGAGUCAAGUUAUGCAGCGUUGAUUUGCAUUGUCGAGCGUGCCGAGCGGUGCUGAACCCGAGAUGGACGUCUCCACAGUCGUCCAAAGGAAGGAUGCCGUGACAUCAGAGGGCUUCGUCGUCAGUCACUGGUCAGAGACAAAGUGAACAGAGCUGCUUACAACCAGGAAGUCCCCAUAGCAACACUUGUGAAAGCUGUGUCGUAGCGGGUAAUUUAACCAUGAAGAUUAUUUUUCUCAGCAAAUCUCUUAGUCACACUAAUAUUGUCGAUCGGUUGAGAAUAAAACGCUCGUGCUGUACACUAGUAGAGAAGGGAGGAAAAACCAGUCAACACAGGUGACCAGUGGGGUGUCGACACACCUUCAAGCAGGUAGCCAUGUUGUCGUGGAAACUUGAAUUACAGCCACACUGGACCGAUGUGACAAGUCAAACCAAGUAGAGCCGGACCAGCACAUGUAUGGAAAAACAGCAUUUGACUAUGACUCCAACUCUGAAGGACAGUGGUGUUUGUACUGUAAUACAGUGUCAGAACAGGUGACCAAUCGCUGUUGCUUUAUAGAACAACAAAAUAUCCACCAAAAAAAAAAAAAAAAAAAUGGGUCCAUCAUCUCUGUUUUGUGUAAUCAACAACAGAAGAGAUGAAUUCUUUCUUUAUCCGUUUUUGGAACAAAUGAGAUCUGAGGAGCUCAGCUGCUGAGUUUGGUUCGAGUCGACACUCCCGAUUUCAUCUGCGGCUUCUCCUCGCCUCCCCCUUCCAGUUUUCACUGUCAGCUUCAGACUGAACCACAACCUGGAAAUACUUUAUAAACACUAAAUUAAUAUUUAAUGCCUACUUUCAAUCACUGACAACGUCAAAUCACAGGGAAAGCAGUUUCACGUGGAUGUCAGAACUACGCCAUUCUGCAGCGACAACUCAUCCGAUACGAUCCAUAUUGUCAUGAUGCAAUAAGCUCCACCCGGGUCCCGACCAUCUGGUACCGCCAGCGAGCUGAAACCAACACCAAGAACUUUGGCUUGUUUCAGCUUGAUGCUGUUUGACCCGGAUCUGGACGAUGAAGGAGGUUGUGUGUGUCAGAGCUGGAGUCAACCCACUUUAACAUGUCACGUUAACGACAUACCCCCGUCUUCAGGUACAAGCGUCUAUGAUCUCAUUUUUU